AAUAAUGUUUUUCAGUCCUGGCAUGGCGUAAGAAAAAACACGCACACAAGUACAGACUCUCUCUAUCUCACUCACAGAUAAAGAUCAAACCAUCGCUUUGAAAACAGAAAGUGACAGAGAAAGCUUGGACCGAAAGCCGCGAACACUUUGUGUCUUUCAAGAAACCUGAACGGAAUCCGACGAGCCGCGUCUACUCUUUCUGGAAAGGUAACCACAGGAAGAAGAAACCGUUUGAUCGUAGUUUCAGGCGCAGCAUUCUAGGGCUGUCCGUAACCGUACGCGGAUGUCCGUACGAAGGGGCCUGGAGAGGUACGGUCGGGGCCUGGAGGGUUCGCAAUCGGACCCUUCCAUGAAGUGGAGCGGUCCAGGAGCAGAGACCGGCCUUGAAGAACCUAUGUGGCGGUUGGGGUUGGGCAGCGGUGGUGGAGGCGUUGGGGGGCAGUUUGGGUAUCCGGAACGGCCGGACGAGGCCGAUUGUAUAUACUAUUUGAGGACGGGAUUUUGCGGGUAUGGGUGUCGGUGCCGGUUCAAUCAUCCACGUGACCGUGGCGCGAUUCUGGGAGCUGCAAGAGCUGGUAGGGAGGAGUAUCCAGAGCGAAUGGGUCAGCCUGUUUGCCAGUACUACAUGAGGACAGGAACUUGUAAAUUUGGUCCUUCCUGUAAGUACCACCAUCCCAGGCAGGGAGCUGGUGCUGUUAGCCCUGUGUCGCUAAAUUAUUAUGGAUACCCACUGCGUCUGGGAGAAAAAGAUUGUCCAUACUAUGUAAAAACCGGACAGUGUAAGUUUGGCGCAACAUGUAAAUUUCAUCACCCACAAGCACAUAUACAAUUUCCAGCACCAGCAGUGCCAGCCCAAGUUUCACCUGUGCCAACGCCAGUUGCACCUGCAACAUAUCACUCAGUGCAGUCUCCAUCUGUCCCUUCAUCUCAACAGUACAGGGUAGUGGUUGCAAGGCCUCCUCUUCUGUCGUGCUCAUAUGUACAAGGGCCUUAUGGUCCUGUUUUGCUGUCCCCUGGAAUGGUUCCUAUUUUGGGCUGGAGUCCUUAUCCGGGACCUGUAAGUCCGGUAGCUAUUCCCAGUACUCAACCCAUGGUUGGAUCAGGCUCAGUGUAUGGUGUCUCACAAUUAUCUCCUUCUGCACCUGCAUAUACGGGGCCUUAUCAGACCUUACCUUCUUCCGUCGGUCCUUCAAGCAGUAGCCAGAAGGAACGUCCAUUUCCUGAGAGACCUGGCCAACCGGAAUGCCAGUAUUUCAUGAAAACUGGGGACUGUAAAUUUGGAUCCUCGUGUAGAUACCAUCAUCCAUCGGAACUGGCUGCGCAAGGAGCACUUGUUGUUCUUAGCGCCACGGGUCUUCCUCUACGUCCGGGUGCACCACCUUGUGCUCAUUAUACACAGCGUGGGGAAUGCAAAUUUGGACCUGCAUGUAAAUUUGAUCAUCCUAGGGGAACUCUUAGUUACAGUCCCUCUUUAUCUUCGCUUGCGGAAAUUCCAGUUGCUCCAUACCCUGUGGGAUCUUCAGCUGGUACUCUAGCCCCAUCAUCCUCAUCCUCAGAAUUGCGGCCUGAACUUAUGUCAGGAUCUGGAAAAAACUCCAGCUCAACCAGAAUUUCUUCAUCUUUGAGUACAUCAAGUGGAUCAGUUGGUUCAGUUUUUAGUGCAUCAAGCAUGCAACAGUCUAGUCAGAGUUCUGGUCAUGCGGCUGGAGGCAGCAGCAGCAUAGAGGGCACACCUUGAGCCAGGCAGGGAUAUUAAGCUAUUCCUGUUCAUUCCUCCUUUUGAUCAAAUUCAUUGACAAAAAGGUCAUCUUUCUUCUUCUUUUUUUUACCUUCUCGGUAGAGUCUUAAAAUAGGAUUCCUUAGUUUUCUCCCAUCAUGCUUCCAUGAUUCGGGUUUAGCACACAUAAGCUCUGAUCAUUCCUGUGUUGAUAGUAUAAUCUUUAUAUGCCAUCCUGUUAUAUCGAAUAAGCCAUGGCCAGCCCUCCAAAUGUUUAGCAAACCCCAUACGGCAUCCCCUUUUGUUUCCAAACAACCAUGAAAGAAGAUUAAACACUUCCCAUUAGGCAAAAAUCCACAUCCAAGUCUCCAAUUUUGGAGUUUAUUUACUGGUCUAAUCUUUUUCAAAAAAUGAAAAAGACGACUGUUCAUGUCCUAUUAUGUUGAGACUUUAUUUCGAUCUGGGAACAUGCUUCCAAUUCAUCCUAGAAAGGAAUUUGAAGUUAUUACUUGUUCCCCAACUUUUUUGGUUUGGGGUUUAUUGUGAAAAUUGAAUAUUAUAGACUCCAAGGAGGCAUCCCAAUGCUCCCUUAAACGGGGAUGAGAUGUUUGACAUUGUUAUCUGAAAAUUUGUUAUGAAAUACAAAUGAACAGCUGCCCUUGAUUGGUGGUUUUGCUCU